AAACAAAACUAGUUAAUCGCAAAGGGAGCGCCCUGCGCCGGCCUUUCGCCGAGAGCCAGUAGCCGCCCGGCGCCUCGCCGCCAUAAAUACCAGCCCGUGCCCUCGUCGUCUCACACCACCACACAGAGCUUCAGCGCACUCGCACCUCGGGCACCACCACACACACCCACCCUAGCUUGUCGAUCGGCUGAGGAGGCGGCGAUGGCCAAGGACAUCGAGGCGGCUCCACCCGGCGGGGGGUACGCGGCCAAGGACUACUCCGACCCGCCGCCGGCGCCGCUCUUCGACGCCGAGGAGCUGACCAAGUGGUCACUCUACCGCGCGGUCAUCGCCGAGUUCGUGGCCACGCUGCUCUUCCUCUACAUCACCGUGGCCACCGUCAUCGGGUACAAGCACCAGGCGGACCCCGCCGGCCCCAACGCCGCCGACGCGGCCUGCAGCGGCGUCGGCAUCCUGGGCAUCGCCUGGGCGUUCGGCGGCAUGAUCUUCGUGCUCGUCUACUGCACCGCCGGUGUCUCGGGCGGACACAUCAACCCGGCGGUGACCUUCGGGCUGUUCCUGGCGCGCAAGGUGUCCCUGGUGCGCGCGCUGCUCUACAUCAUCGCGCAGUGCCUGGGCGCCAUCUGCGGCGUGGGGCUCGUCAAGGGGUUCCAGAGCGCCUUCUACGUGCGCUACGGCGGCGGCGCCAACGAGCUCAGCUCCGGCUUCUCCAAGGGCACCGGCCUCGCCGCGGAGAUCAUCGGCACCUUCGUGCUCGUCUACACCGUCUUCUCCGCCACCGACCCCAAGCGCAGCGCCCGUGACUCCCACGUCCCGGUGCUGGCUCCUCUGCCAAUCGGCUUCGCGGUGUUCAUGGUGCACCUGGCCACUAUCCCCAUCACCGGCACCGGCAUCAACCCGGCAAGGAGCUUGGGAGCUGCUGUGAUCUACAACAACGAGAAGGCCUGGGAUGACCACUGGAUCUUCUGGGUGGGGCCAUUCAUCGGCGCCGCCAUCGCCGCCUUGUACCACCAGUACGUGCUGAGGGCCAGCGCCACCAAGUUCGGCUCGUCGGCCUCCUUCGGCAGUCGCUAGAUCGACGGCCGGCCGCCGUCUCGGUGAUGGUCGGAGGCACUGAACUGUAGAUAUAUCAGAGGACAGAGGGGCCUCCAGUGUGUGCUGCUGUUCGGGUCCUGGAUUCUGCUGGUCUUUGCACGCGUCUCUGUUUUCCUCAGCUCGCCGCCGCGUUUGCUGCUUGUUUUUCUCUACCGAUCGAGUGUGCGUCUGUCUUCGUUAGUGUUUGCUUCCAUUCCAUGUACUAUCUGUGAACGAUGAGGAUGAUGUACUGUCAAUCUGUCAUGUAUGCAUCCAGGUAAUUUGGGGGGAAAUUUGAAAUGCAAUGUGUACGUACGAUUCGGGUUG